AUGGCGGACAUUGAACGUGGGGUAGAAGCCAAUCCAGGUGAAAUGGAGGUGAUUUGCCUGGAGGACAGUAUGGAACUUGUGCUGAAUAAAUCUGGAAGAAUUGCGCUGAGUGCAGAGUACCUGAGGCUGGGCGAUUCCAACUGCACUCUGUACUCAAACGGGACUCAUCUGCUGUCCAAUAUGUCCCUCGAUGCCUGUGGCACUGUGAUGGAGUUAAUGUUAUUAGCCUCUAAUGUUCUGCUCCUUGUUUGUGUUUCUAAGGAUGAUGGUGUAGAUCUCAUCUUUACCAAUGAAGUUGUGUCCUUCAACGAAUCCAAUGCUGUUAUAGUCAGGGACCCUUUGGUGGAGAUUGAGUUCUCUUGCAAGUAUCCCAAACAGAGCAGCGUGACUCUUGACUUCAUUGGUCACAGGCCCCCAGUCAACUUCACACAGAGGGGCUUUGGUACGUUCACCUUGCAGUUUGAAUUCUUCGAGUCAAGUACAUUCAGUCUUGCGAAGGACCCAAGCACCUACCCUCUGGAGUUCGAUCUGGGAGACAUGAUGUACAUGCAGAUUCAGUCCUUCACCUCCGUUCCCAACACUGUGCUGUUUGCUGAGUCCUGCACCGCAACUCCCAGCGAUGACCCCAACAGUGCCAGUAAAUAUCCCAUCAUUAAAGACGGAUGUAAAGUCGAUCAGACCGUACAGCUCUAUGCCAAUGGACAACAGUCAGAGGUCCAGUUUGCAAUGGAGGCCUUCAAGUUUAUUGGACUGCAUGAGCAGGUGUUCAUCCGAUGCUCCGUCAUCCUCUGUAAGGCUGACACAAACAGCAGCAGAUGCUCUCAGGGCUGUACAGAGGGUCUCCGCCUGCCCGCCGGCCAUAUUUCCGCCAGCUCUGAGCACACCAUCCGCAAGAGGGAGGCACCCUUCCAGACCGCCAAUCACGCCAUCCUCCAGGGCCCCCUGCGUCUUAGGCGCAGUGUGACCAAACAAGUGGCUGUAAACAUGGACCCAAACAUAAUGCUCACCAUUGGCGCUUUCGUGGCUGCUGUUGCCAUGGCAUGCGGAGUGAUGCUCUACAGAACCUGGAAAUCAAGUGUUACAUAUGAGAGAAUGGUUUGA